GGCCGGCGCCGGUCGCACCGCCGCCUCCUCCUCAGACCGGGCCGACACUCACGGGAGACGCAGCGCCGCCGACGUGGGUGACCUGUGCCGGGUGAUCGGUGACCUGUGCCAGACGAUGCCAUAUGGCUUCAGUUGGAUGGCCUUGAGGAGGAAGCUACCGCUCCUGCUGAGCGCUCUCACUGUAGUAUUCCUUCUGUCAGUCAAUCACAUAAUUCUAACACCAGCGUCUAGAGCCAGCGAGCAGGCUGAAUACUCUUCAAUGUCUGCUGAAGACGAUGAAAUGUCACAAGAACACAUACAUCCACUGUUAAGGAGUCGCUGCUCUGCAACAAGAUCUUGGAGGCCCCAAAAGACGUUGGAUUAUGUUGUUAAGCGUCCAUGGCUGCUCAAAUAUCUCAUAUAUAAUGAUGAGCAUAAGCUGAUAUACUGCUAUGUCCCAAAGGUCUCCUGCACACAAUGGAAGAAACUGUUCGGCAUACUGUCUGGAGUGUUCCCAAACGUACCCUUCAACAACAUAAGUUCUGCGAUAGCACACAAGUCUCGCAUUCAUCGCACGCUAUCGCAACUCCCCGAGCCUGAGGUCCGCCGACGGCUGGAAACGUACACCUCCUUCAUGUUCUCGCGACAUCCGCUCGAAAGGAUGGUGUCCGCCUUCCGCAACAAGCUAAACCCAGGCAUUUACAAUCUCCCAUAUCGCCAACUAUACGCUGUUGAAAUAAUGGGCGAGCCCAAAGGCAGCAUUUCGCUACACGACCGCACAAAUGCAUCCGUCGCUGCGGAAAAUCUGCCGACGGUAACGUUUGAGAGGUUCGCCGAGUGGGUAGCCGAGGCGGGUCCCGUGGACCUAGACACGGACAGCAAGGAAGGGCAGCACGACGAGCACUGGCGUCCGAUGGUGGACCUGUGCCACCCGUGCACCAUCCCGUACACGGUGCUCGGCAGGACGGCCUCCCUCGCCGAGGACGCCCGGCUCGUGCUGCGGACCGCCAACAUCACCUCGGUGAAGUUCCCCGAGGGGUACCGGUCGGCCACCCCGGACGUCACGGAGAGCCUGGUGAGCCUGCUCCGGACGGACGUGCUGAAGGGCGUGCUGCGACACUACCUGCAGGACCUGUUCCUCUUCGGGUAUCGCCCACAGGAGGUCUUUCAGAAUACAACAGCUCGUGACAUCGCCCAGAGCAUAUAUGAGGAACUGCUGGCAGAGGCUUAGUGCCUUGGACUUAGCGGACUUAGCCUACUGUUUAAUUGUGCUCCUGUUGCUCCUUCCCACGUGAAGGUGGCAAGUGGGAACGUACACAAUUAGGUACCUACAACAUUUUAUGAAUAUCUUUUUAAUUCACGGCCCCAUGCAACUGCAAUGUCCGUCAAUAUGUGAUAAAUAUUUGCAUCGCCAACAUCCGUGUGUGUGUGUUUUUUUUCUUUUUAAAUACCUGUCCGCUUACUUUCUUAGCGGUAGUGCAAGCAGUCCGGUUCCAUGAACUUUGUUCAGACAAGUUACCACUCGUUGUUUUUGUUGGACAUGUCACAUGAGUGGAGCGACAUCUCUACGUUACCUACAUACAUGUCAGACUAUGUAGGAUCUAAGUUUUCUUUUACCAAUCAUCUUAUACAAGACUGGCAAGUGGCAGCGCUCAAUUAUAGACAGUUACCUAUGUCAGACAAUAUAAAUACCUAGAUAAUGG